UGUUCGAAGACGGAAGUUUGAUAAAAAUAUUGAGUCGACUUUGCCUCUCCUCUUUCUUCAUUAGUACAGUGCUUCAUUAUUACGUUUCAUUAUGUAUUGAUGAUGAAAUAUGCAUAAUAACAUUAUAUAAAUAUGAGAAUAUAAAUAGAAUGUGGUGAUGACGCGAGAAGGUCUGGAAAGUUUGUGGCGUGUGACAUGAGCUCAUGAACUGCAGCUUGGCAAUAUAAGGGUUAACCAUUGGCAUUGACUCCUACCACGCCCCCUUUUUCUUUCCAUCAAGUAAUGCAGUAUAUGUAAAGCAUAUGGAGACAAAAGCUAAACAGGUGACACAAAAAGAGGGGUUAAACUUCAUAGAUGCUCAUUUUUUCAGCCUACCAUCCCAAGGCAACAUUUACACCCUAAGUCCCCUCACAGAUGCCCAGGGUUACACAAAGCUGCUGGUGGCCUCACUACAAAGAAAGAUAUAUUGUUUAGAAUACAAGAAUGGGCGGCCCUGUAUGAGAGAAGUCCCUUUCACUUACAUACCUGCUGGGGCAGAAAUAGUGUCCAUUGACGCUGUGAACAGAUCUGUCAUUCAGGAAGAUUUCAUUAUAGGAAUCACAAUAAUAAAGAAAGAAGAUGGAAAGGGUCAGCAGAGUCAUUUCUUUAAUAUAUAUUCUGAUUGGGACCUGAACUCAGACAGUGCCUUGGAGGUGGUGUCUCAAAACUGCCUUACUCUCAACUUAGAUUUUGUGCCUUACUACCUCUGCCACACACAGACUAAUGGCAAGGCUGGAUGGGAGACGGUAUGGCUGCUUAGUGGCAGUGACCAUCGCAUCCAUGUGUACCACUCAGAUGAGGUGUCCUACCAGGAGGAGGAAGGAGACUCACCAUCCUUCCCCGAGUUCAGCAACCUUACUCAAAUCACUCUGUGGAUGGAUAUCUUAUAUUCUCCAGAUAAAAAGAGACGUGUAUCAGCUGUGGCUGGUGAGGGUGGGAAGGUAGAGGUGUUUGGCGUCACUUUGGAUCCUCUGCCACGCGUCACCAGCAGUCAGUCAGUGUCAUGGGAUUACCCUGUGGCAACAGUCAACACUUUCCGUCUGAACAACACACUGCCAGUCCCUGAGUUUCUCAAAGCUUUCAGAUUGCAGGAUCACCAGGACUGUGAGGAAGAUGCAGUCCACAUAGCAGUGUGUACUGCAUUGGAGUCUUGCUUUAUAUACAGGGACUUCUUGGGGUCUCAUGAAAGCUGCCUCUUACCUGAGUCAAGUGCACACGAUGUAGUGCUGUGCUGCACUGUUUGUGAUAUUGACCAUGACAGCAAGAAUGAAGUGCUCGUUGGCACGUAUGGGCAAGUAGUGCUGGUAUAUAAGUUGGUAGAGGAGGAAGAAGAGGAAGAGAAGGAGAAAUCACCUGCUGCAUGGAAGGUAGUGCAUACUAUAAAGCUGCCAUGUCCUGUGCUCUCCAUAGCAUAUUGUGAUGUUACUGGUGAUGGCUGCUUUGAGCUUAUCAUCAUGACCUCUGCAGGGAUCCACAUUUUUCAGCAUGAUCCCAGAGACAUGGCAGUGCUUGUCCUGAGGAGGCUGAGGACUCUUACUGAACAUAAAACUUCCUCAAUGCUGGAGGCUUAGCUGCAGUGCCAGUUUUGCUUAGUGUAUUAAUAUAUCCAUCAAAACAUAAGUCAUCACAGGUUUUCUCAUUACAGACCAUCUGAAAAAUAUAUCUGGUGCUACUGUAACUCUAACUCAGAUUGUGUGGCAGGAUAUUUAAAAAAUUGUGAUUAAUUUUAGUCAACAAUAUCAUAUAUUUAA